GGGGUCGUGCUUUAAAUCUUGUCUUGACUAUGACGUCACGACGGCAACCCGACUUGAGAACGGGGAAUCCGGCGCUAGUUCGUCGCUUCGCCGCCAGAGUCCGCCAGCGUCCCAGCUCCUCCGCCAUCUUCGUCUUGCGUAGAUCUCCAGCUAAAACUUCACCAUGGUUAUUGCCAAGCCUGUUAUGCGCGGACUCCUGACCGCACAGAUCAAGAAGCACAUCAUCAUCUCAGGAAUUCUUAGUUUCGCUGCUGUCGGUGUCUGGAAGACCGUGGUUCAGAACCCCAGGAAGCAACUCUAUGCUGAUUUCUACAAGGAAUACGACGCAAUGGCCGAGUUCGAUCGCAUCAGGAACCUGGGACUCUUCCAGUCCUGCCGACCUGACGGUGAAGAGUAACAAGAAGGGCAAGCCAAUAGGAGAUGUAAUAUAUGGAUUCCAGGUGGUGAUGUACCUUGUGACAGAUCUUUUCUAAUGUAUCAUAUGAAGUGUAAUAAAGUCAUUAAAUUAUAA